AAUAAAGAUGGCGGCUUCCGUGGGGACAAGUAAAGCUACGGAGUUAUCCAAAGCAGAGUACCUGAAACGUUAUUUAUCUGGUGAAGACACAAAAAAGUCAAAAGGAAAGGUUAAAAAGAAACGACCCAAAGUGCAAGGAAAAGGGCUUAAAAUAGUAGACGAUGACAUAGACUGGAGGCAGAUAGCUAAAGAAGCUAAAGAAAAAGAAGAAGAAGAAGAAGAAGAUGAGGAAGCUCCCGUGAUUGCCGAAGUGAUUGAUGAGCGACCAGAAGAAAUAAAACGGCUUGAGGUGUUUAGAUCCAGUAAUAGAUGGAAAAUUAUUGGAGGUAUUAUAAUGAUAAUAUGUGUAGUUAGUAAAACAGCUCCACAAAAUGUAUUAAAAUUGAUUAUUCUCUUUUCAGCUGAUGAAAAUGAGGGAGAUGAAGAUGGAAAUGAAAAUAAGACUGAAACAUCAGAAUCUGCUGCAUUAGGCAGGAUUCGCCAUGACUCUCCUGAUAUUUCACCUCCAAGACGUGUUCGCCAUGAUUCCCCCGAUAUAUCUCCACCAAGACGAAAUCGCCAUGACUCCCCCUAUGCUUCUCCUCCAAGAAGAAAUCGCCAUGACUCUCCUGAUAUUUCUCCUUCAAGGAGAAGUCGACGUGACUACAGCUCGAGUCAAAAGCACUCGCCUAAAAAUCAUCGAUCAUCACCAGGAAGGAAGAGACAUGACUCAGACUCUGAUCAAUCGCCUCCUCGAAAAAAGCCUGUGAUGAGAGAAGCUUCAGACUCUGACCAGUCUCCACCAAGACGCCGGUCCAGAGCAAGACAGGAUUCAGACUCUGAUCAGUCGCCACCUCGAAAACGACCUCAGAGCAGAAGAAGCUCGGAUGAAGAUCUGUCACCUCCUCGUAGGCCAGGACAGUCACAUAGCCAGAGAAUGCUCUCGGGGGGAAAGGCUGGUCUUGUUUCUGUAGAUGUUCUGAGGAGAGAGCAAGAAGAAAACAAACGGAGAGACAGAAACAACCAACCAUUAGAAGAUGAAUCGCGCAACGCACAGACCAUUUUUCGAGACAAGAGUGGAAAAAGACGGGAUCUAGACUCUGAGAGAGAAGACCAGAAAAAGAAAGCAGGAGAACAAGCAGCAAAGGAUCAAAAAUAUGCUCAAUGGGGAAGAGGCUUGGCUCAGGGUCAGAUGCACCAACAGAGACUUGAGGAUGCCUUGGUUGAAUCCCAGAAACCUCUUGCACGGCAUUAUGAUGAUGAAGAUUUGGACAAAAUGUUGAGGGAACAGGAACGGGAAGGAGAUCCAAUGGCUGCAAUGCUUAGACGCAAGAAGGAUCGCAAUUUAAAGGCACAGGGUGUUAAAGAAAAACCUCGGUAUAAAGGCCCAGCACCACCUCCUAAUCGUUUCAACAUUCUUCCUGGUUAUCGGUGGGAUGGAGUUAACAGGUCAAAUGGGUUUGAACAGAAACGCUACGCAAGAAUGGCAGAUAAAAAGGCUGUUCAAGAAGAAGCUUAUAAAUGGAGUGUAGAGGAUAUGUAAUGACCAGAUUUUUUUAAGGAUAAAUAGUAUCACUGUACAAUUUUUGUGAAAAUGGCAUGUCAAAGGACUUUGAACAUCAGAACAACAUAAUGUCAAAAUUCAAUAAUAAUGUCAAUAAUAUCAAUUUCUGUAUAUACCCUGUGUUUUAGAAAUGGCAUUUUUCAAAUGUGUUCUUGGUGUUUUAUACAAAUUUUGGUUAAAAAAAACAAACAAACCACUUUUCACUUAACAUAUUUUUAUAUAGGGUAUUGGUUGUUUAGUAUUUAAGAGUAGCCCUAUUGUAUAUUCAUACUGUUAAAAUUAAAAUUCUGUCAAAAGAAACCUGA